UUAUGCGCGGACACCGGACACCGGGCUGGGGCGGCGGCGGUGUCGGGGCCACACGUCCGUCCGCGGGUCGCCUGGACUGCUCUCGCCAUGGAGCCGCGGUGCCCGCCGCCUUGCGGCUGCUGCGAGCGGCUAGUGCUCAACGUGGCAGGGCUGCGCUUCGAGACGCGGGCGCGCACGCUGGGCCGCUUCCCGGACACGCUGCUCGGGGACCCGGUGCGCCGAGGCCGCUUCUACGACGGCGCGCGCCGCGAGUACUUCUUCGACCGGCACCGGGCCAGCUUCGACGCCGUGCUCUAUUACUACCAGUCGGGUGGGAGGCUGCGGCGGCCAGCGCACGUGCCGCUCGACAUCUUUCUGGAGGAGGUGGCCUUCUACGGGCUAGGCGCCACGGCGUUGGCGCGCCUGCGCGAGGACGAGGGUUGCGCUGCGCCACCUGAACGCCCCCUGCCCCGCCAAGCCUUCGCUCGCCAACUCUGGUUGCUCUUCGAAUUCCCCGAGAGCUCGCAGGCCGCGCGUGUGCUCGCUGUCGUCUCUGUGCUUGUCAUCCUCGUCUCCAUCGUUGUCUUCUGCCUGGAAACGCUGCCCGACUUCCGCGAUGACCGUGACAACCCGGGGGUGGCCGCCACUGGCCCGUUCUCCGCUCGGCUGAAUGGUUCCAGCUCGGUGCCAGGACCCCCACCCCGAAUGCCUUUCGAUGACCCGUUCUUUGUGGUGGAGACACUGUGCAUCUGUUGGUUCUCCUUCGAGCUACUGGUGCGACUGGUGGCCUGCCCGAGCAAGGCAGCCUUCUUCAAGAAUGUGAUGAACCUGAUCGAUUUUGUGGCUAUCCUGCCCUACUUUGUGGCACUGGGUACGGAGCUGGCCCGGCAGCGGGGGGUGGGCCAGCCCGCCAUGUCGCUGGCCAUCCUGCGAGUCAUCCGGCUAGUGCGUGUCUUCCGAAUCUUCAAGCUUUCACGGCACUCAAAGGGUCUGCAGAUUUUGGGUCAGACGCUGCGGGCCUCCAUGCGGGAACUAGGUCUCCUUAUUUUCUUCCUCUUUAUUGGUGUGGUCCUCUUCUCCAGCGCAGUUUAUUUUGCCGAGGUCGACCGGGAGGACACCUAUUUCACCAGCAUCCCUGAGUCCUUCUGGUGGGCAGUGGUCACUAUGACCACAGUUGGCUAUGGAGAUAUGGCCCCGGUCACCGUGGGUGGCAAGAUCGUGGGCUCCCUGUGUGCCAUCGCAGGCGUGCUGACCAUUUCUCUGCCGGUGCCUGUCAUUGUCUCCAAUUUCAGCUACUUUUACCACCGGGAGACAGAAGGUGAAGAGGAAGGGAUGUACAGCCAUGUGGACACACAGCCCUGUGGCACAUUGGAGGGCAAGGUCAAUGGGGGGUUAAUGGAUGGAGAGGUGCCUGAGCUACCACCUCCGCUCUGGUCCCCUCCUGGGAAACACCUGGUCACUGAAGUGUGAGAUAAAGUUGAGGUCUGUGGAACCUCACACCUCC